CUCACUCCACCGAAAACGAAGGGUAAGGAUCAAGAAAACCAACAAACAAACGAAUCAAACAAUCCUCACCUUUCUCUCUCUUCCAUACCAGAAUUAAUCACAUCACAUGAGUCAUCAGCACAACUAUAACAAUUGCCGGACUUUUUUGCGUAAAUUUUCUUUGGCAAUCUUGUUUUCUCUGUGAAUUCUCUGCAAUUCUAUGUCCUUCAGCUAGAUCUUCGAUUGCUUUCACUAGGGUUAUAUAUAUAUAUAUAUAUAUGUAUAUUUGAUCUCUUUGAUGUUCUCUUUCAUCUUUGUUGUGAAAUUGGGGCUCAGCAGUUAUGCCCGUGUUCGGAGAUGGAAUCUUUAGUGGAUGGCUAACAACAAUUCACCAAUGGCUGGAAUCCCACCACAUGUUGAAAUGGGAUCAUUAGAGGAACAUUCAGUGAUUGAUCUCGAGGAUGAGUGCUUGAUCAACCAUGGGUCUAUUGAUGGGAGGACAAAACCUCCACAAAGAUAUAAUUCUGUUGCUUUAUGUUUGGAGGAUUCUGGUUGGGAACAUAUAUGGAAGAUUGUGUUAAGCAGAACCAAGGUAGUAUUCUUCUCAAACAAAAUCAACUUACUGGUGCCUUGUGGGCCUUUAGCAAUACUGGUUGAUUUGUUUACUGGUCAUCAGGGCUCGGUCUUCUUGCUAAGCUUGUUAGGCACCAUCCCUUUGGCAGAGCGUUUGGGUUGGAUUACAGAGCAGCUGGCUUUUUAUACUGGACCUAUGGUUGGGGGCCUUUUAAAUGCUACUUUUGGAAAUGCAACAGAACUGAUAAUAUCAAUUCAUGCAAUGAAAAGUGGCUUGUUACGUGUUGUCCAGCAGUCAUUACUAGGCUCAAUUCUGUCAAACAUGUUGCUGGUGCUUGGAUCUGCAUUUUUCAUUGGAGGAAUUUCUCAUUCUAAUAAGCAACAAGUGUUCAACAAGGCAAAUGCUGAGAUGAAUUCAGGAUUGCUCUUGAUGGCAGUUAUGGGCCUGAUGUUCCCAGCUGUGCUUCACGUUACACACACUGAGUUGCAUUAUGGGAAGUCAGAGUUGGCCCUUUCAAGGUUCAGCACCAGCUGUGUUAUGCUUGUGGCAUAUGCUGCCUAUCUUUUUUUUCAGCUAAAGAGCCAGAGGAAUCUCUAUGGCACUAUUAAUGAGGAAGAAAGUCAGGCUGAUGGUAGCUUGGUUGAUGAAGAAGCUCCUGAGAUCACCAAAUGGGAAUCAAUAAUAUGGCUUUUUAUAUUGACUAUGUGGAUUUCAUUCCUCUCAGAAUACUUAGUUAAUGCCAUAGAGGGUGCAUCUGUUACAUUGAAUAUUCCAGUUGCAUUUAUAAGUGUCAUCUUGCUCCCAAUUGUUGGAAAUGCAGCAGAGCAUGCAAGUGCUAUUAUGUUUGCCGUGAAAGACAAGCUUGACAUAUCUUUGGGAGUGGCAAUAGGAUCAUCAACGCAGAUAUCCAUGUUUGGGAUUCCAUUUUGUGUGGUUUAUGGAUGGUUCUUAGGGCAUCCUAUGGACUUAAAUUUUCAACUUUUUGAGACAGCAACCCUUUUCAUGACAGUUUUAGUUGUAGCCUUCAUGCUGCAGGAGGGGACUUCUAAUUACUUCAAGGGACUAAUGCUCCUCCUCUGCUAUAUGAUAGUUGCUGCAAGUUUCUUUGUACAUAUAGAUCCGGAAUCCAUACGGGAUAAGCCCAAAACAUAGAUGAGAAAGUGCAGAGAAUUUAUGAAGUGGACCAGCUGAAGCACCAAGUCUGGGAUUGUGUCUAUGCAAGAGAUGAGCCCUUAGAAAACUUGUUGAAUUGAGGACCUCCGGUAUUUCACUGUAUAGUAUCAGAAAUCGAUCCACGCCUUUUGUCAGUCCAAUUUCUACGAAGGCAUUGUCAGUGCACUUUUUUGUUGAGGCAGCCAGCGGUCGGUUUCGUGGUCGGAACAAAUAUGGUUGUAUAUAGUUGAUAGUGUUCAUAUUGAUUUAGUAGUAGUGAAAGUCAAUGAUACAUGAAAAAAAUGCAACAUACAUUCACUUCUCUUGUCAACACUAGUCUUAUACCAUAGGUGUAAGUAUGCCAUUUCGUCAUGUCAGGUAUGCUUCUUUUUUUUCAUCCUUCUGUAUUGAGUUCUGCCUCAUGUUCUGUUUUGUUCUUUUUAUAUCUAUACUAUUAUAUAAAGUAGAGAAUGCA